AUAUUUUAAUUUUGUUUUAAGAAAUGUUAGAUAAAUUAAAUUAUUACUCCAAGAAAAAGGGAUUCAGAUAUGGCGUUCCUUUUCUCGUAAUGAUAGUAGGAGGUUCAUUUGCCCUGCAGCAGUUCUCUAAUCUUAGAUAUGAAUACGCUAAAAAGCAGCCGGUGACCCCCGAGGAGAUGAAGAAAUACGGCGUUAACAUGAGGAAACGUAAAGAUGUUACUUUGGAAACGGAAUAUGACAAAGUAAAGGCUGUGGAUAUAGACAAUUGGGAGAAUAAGCGCGGCCCUCGUCCCUGGGAAGAAGAGGGUGUGCCGGCCAAGCAUUAAUGCUCUACGAUAAUAAACUUAAAUAUUAAAAUG